AUGGGUCGCAUGCAAGUCUCAGCUAUCAACACCCAAAAUUCCCCUCAAGAAGCCUCUUAUGACAUGACAGGUAAUUUUGUGCAGAAUGAUAACUAUGAUUAUGCUCAGGCUUCUUCUGAACAGGCUCAACAGCAACAACCACCUGAUCAGGCAAACUCUAAAUCCAAGGAAGAUUCUAAUUGGGAGAUGAUAAUGAGUUUCGUGCAGGAAACCAGAGCCUCCAUUAGAAACUUAAAAAUGCAAAUGGGCCAAAUAAGCAAGCAAUUACUUGAGAGGUCUGCAAGCACAUUUCCAGUGAGAAGUGGUAAAGUAACUGGUUCUGAGACCAAGGCCAAUGAAGAAUUAGUUGAAAAAGAAUCCCCAGAGGAGAAGAAGGAAGAUGUCGAGCACACACCAACUAAGCGUGCAGACAAUCCUUUCCCUGAUUCUCUUUACACUUAUCCUACCUUGCCAAAGGCUCCUGAAUAUAAGCCGAAAAUGCCAUACCCUCAGAGGCUUCAGAAGGCUUCCAAAGAAAAGCAGUUCUCUAAAUUUGUAGAUGUCUUCAAGAAGCUACAGAUCAACAUUCCCUUUGCAGAGGCUCUGGAGCAAAUGCCUCUCUAUGCUAAAUUUAUGAAAGAAUUGUUGACCAACAAGAGGAAAUGGAAGGAACAAGAAACAGUGGUAUUAACCAAGGAAUGCAGUGCCAUUAUUCAACACAACCUUCUUGAGAAGAUGCCAGACUGGUGCACGAAAUUGUGA